GCCCGCCUGCAGGCGGCGUCACGAGGGGCGGGGCGGAGGCUCGCUGGGAAGUUGCACCCGGUCAAGUUGCAGUCUUGUAAGUAACGCCAUGGACCGGGAAAGUGGGAGGGGCCGCUCCCGGAACGCAGCCUUCUCGUAAGAACCUCCAAGGAAGCAAGGAAAAAAAAAAGAAAAAGAAAAAGAAAAAAAGAGGGCUAGACUGAGCUCCCGGGAGGCCUCUGAAAGCUUCCACUAGAGAAGAACUCGUCUCUCAAUUUCUUUAACUGCAAGAAGCGGAGGACCUGUGCGAGGACUCCAGGGGCAAGGUGGAGAACAAGAGUAGGGCGCGCCGGGCCCCAGCGGUCCCCCGCAGGUUGCAGACACGGCGGACUCUCGGCGGCUUCUGAGCACGGAAGGAGCUGUCGCGGGGUCGGGAGGCAGCCCCUCGUCCCCGUCUCCCCAUCUUCCGACGGCCGGCGGGGCCAUGUCCAGAGGCCCGAGCUCCGCAGUUCUGCCGAGCGCCCUGGGAUCCCGGAAGCUCGCCCCCCGGAGCCUCAGCUGCCUGUCGGACCUGGACAGCAACGUGGCCUUGGAGCCGCGACACUGUAGGCCCCCGGGGAGCCCAGGCCGCGCGCCGCCACCCACGCCGGCGCCGUCGGGCUGCGACCCCCGCCUGCGGCCCAUCAUCCUGCGGCGGGCGCGCUCGCUGCCCAGCUCCCCCGAGCGCCGACAGAAGGCCGCGGGCACUCCGGGCGCUGGGUGUCGGCCGGGCUGCAGCCGGCAGCUCCGCGUGCGCUUCGCCGACGCCCUGGGCUUGGAGCUGGCUCAGGUGAAGGUGUUCAACGCGGGAGACGACCCGUCGGUGCCGCUGCACGUGCUGUCGCGGCUCGCCAUCAACUCGGACCUAUGCUGCAGCAGUCAAGACCUGGAGUUCACCCUGCAGUGCCUGGUGCCCGAUUUCCCGCCGCCCGUCGAGGCCGCCAACUUUGGUGAGCGCCUGCGGCGGCAGCUGGUGUGUCUGGAGCGUGUCACUUGCUCGGACCUUGGCAUCAGCGGUACGGUGCGCGUGUGUAACGUGGCCUUCGAGAAGCAGGUGGCCGUGCGCUACACUUUCUCAGGCUGGCGCAGCACCCACGAGGCGGUGGCGAGGUGGCGCGGGCCCGCGGGGACCGAGGGCGCAGAGGACGUCUUCACCUUCGGCUUCCCGGUGCCGCCCUUCCUGCUGGAGCUCGGCUCCCUAGUGCACUUCGCGGUGCGCUACCGAGUGGCGGGUGCCGAGUACUGGGACAACAACGAUGGCCGAGACUACAGCCUCACGUGUCGCAACCACGCGCUGCACAUGCCUCGAGGGGAGUGCGAGGAGAGCUGGAUCCACUUCAUCUGAGCCCCGCGGGGCUACAACCUGGAGCCUCUGAGACACCUAAGCCACGCCUGCUGUCAUUCAUUUCCCUGCUGGGCCCUCUCCGGUUGUUCUUCGCCACCCUGCAAGUCCUCUGACCUCAUUUUCUGCUGCGAGGUCCCCCGGCAGAGGCCCAUCCUGUCUUCUACUUGAAACGUCUGAGUCACUUGGUCUAAAAAGCAGCCUCAGAUGGCCGGAAGGCCGAGUUGAGUUGUGUAAUGAGUUGGGGCACGGUGGUGGGGUAGGUGCAUGGGAGGGUGGGCCCUCUGGGGAGGCCCAAGCAGCUUGUUUUGGAAAGGCCCGAGUCCUGCUAGGAAGAGCUUUUGCAUGUGUCCUGAAUGUGUCUCUGUAAACAUAGCUGUUAUUUAUUAUUGUGAUGUUGGGACCUUUAGCCCAUAGCGAAUGCCUCCUCAGGAAUAUUCUCGAUUUAAUAAGCUAAAAAAAAGUUCUGUUGUGUGUUUGUGCCCACAGUAAACAGAAUGUACAGUGUGACCCACAUCAUGGUCCCUCCAGGCAUUCCUGCCCCACGACAAGGAAAACCUGAGACCACAUCUGCUUGCCAAUGGCUGUCUUCUAACAGUGGGAAACUAUUAAUAGGCAAGAAAUUAUCAGUCAUCACACAACCAUUCCUGGGCAUUGAGACCGCCCUGGUGGGGCUGUGUGUCUCCUAUGUUAACAGCUGGGGAGGAGGGGAAAAGUUUCAAACUUAAACUAGCAAAACAGUUCUUUCUCUGCAGUCACAAUUCUGAUUUCAUGUAUUUCUCUGUUCAGGCCAUUCUGUUUAAGUUGGAAACUACCUAAACAUUUUAAGAAGUCUUGCCUUAUUUAUUUCAAUUUUCAGGUGACUAGAGAAUUUUAGGCAACAGUGCCCUUGUGAUUACCUUUUUGACCAUUAAGGUGACUCUUUUUAUUUCUUGUUAAGCAUCAGAGGAUGUCAGCAUUUAUCUUUUGGGAAUCCAGUUACAAGGUGGAACUAGAAGGUGCUUCAGCAAUAGCCAGAGCACUAGAGAAAAAUAAUUGACAAAUAUUUAUACUUGUAAAUUGUUUGGAGCUGUAUUUACAUGUCAUGUUUUAUCAGGUACCCACAAACUUUAUACUUUGUGCCUUCAGAUAGGGUUUCUAACAUGUUCUAGAUUUGUCAGUUUUAAAAUAUUAAAUUCUUUUUUGUUUUAACUCAGCCAAGAAGUCAAGACCACUGUCCCCUGCUGGGUUAGGCAAUCGCUUAAAACUCCAGAGAACUCCAGGCUGAUGAGUUCUUUUGGUGCUGAACAGUGGUCUCUGAUUACAGGUGCUAAAACUAAGGUGUGAAAAAAAAAAGCCAAGAAGGAUCAGAUCUCCAGUUUGUGAAGUGUGAUUGUGAUACAGUUGAAACCAGCGUGAUCAGUUUUAUGAUACCUGUCACCAGGGAAUUAACUCUAAACUUUUGAAUGCUUGUUGGCAUCUGUCAAAUUAAUACCGAAAGGACACAUUUUGCUUUUUACCAAUUUGGUUUUGAUAAUUGCAACCUCUGUGCUUUCAUAGUUCAAAGAACAGGGAUGGCUUUCUUUGGUAUCUUUUGAUCUAAGAACACUGAAUUUUAACUUAAACUAUUGUGACUAAAUUGCAGUCUUGGCCGUUAGCACUGUUCACUACAUUGGCAUGCAAGAGAGAGAAAAGCCUGGUUACAUUUCCUGCUAUUUAACCAACUGUCCAAUUAGGUCAGCAAGCCUCUUCAGGGCCCUGGCUGUUAAUGCCCCUGGCGCCCCAACAGAGAGCAAUACAAUUGUCCAGAGAGUUUAGGUAUGAGAGCUGCCAGAUUUAUUUUACUUAAAGGCAUGUAGAGAUCUCAUAAUCUAUGUGUUCAGGUCAUGAAAUAUAAAGUAAAUGUUAUAUCUUUAAGUUAACCUCAACGUGCCUUUUAAAAAAUAUCAACAUUAUGAAAUUUAAAAGCUUAAAUGUACUUGCCUAGUUAAUAAAGAUGCUGUGGAACAACUGAAGGAGAACCUUCAGACCGACCCUAAAACAGUUAUAUUGCUUAGAUGUUAACAUUUUCUAGUGGACUGUGCAAUUGCUGGGUUGUCUCCCCACACAUAUUUUAUUGUUAUUUAAAAUGAUUUUACCCAUGCCUAAGUAUUAAAGUAUAUGUGUGAAAAUAGCUGUGGGCCAUUCUAUUAUGCUAGAGUAUGUUUUUCUUGUGGCCUAACUACAGAAGACCAAGCUUUAGAAACUUCUUGUUUAAAUAAUUUCAUGUCUUAUCCUUUCUACAACACUGAUAAAUGUAGAGCGUUGGCAAAAAUAAAUACAUUUUGUCAUUGUGCCUCAGCUUCA